AUGUUUACCACCAAGACCGGAAACAUUGUUAAUUCCCGACAGAUCUGUAUUGUACUGCUAACACUCUGCGCUCUAGAAGCACAAGCCAAAGUUCAGUCUACCAAUCUACCCGGCAGCCUGUUGAAGUGCUUCGAAACCUUCUCCAAGAAGACGUUUUUCAAGGAUCGUCCGGCAGAGCAACUGUCCUCGACUUGUUUACAGCGUUAUAUGUGGACAGAUGUCGGUGUCCGGUGUAGAAAUAUGACGCGGCCGGAGCUGGACUAUAUCGGUAGUUUAUUGGUGCGGUUUCUGAAGCACCGUAGGAAACGGCAAGUAAACAGACGGAGACGGCAGGAGUACCGGUCCUUGACACCCCAGCAGAGGAACAUAUACCACCAGGCCGUCAGGGCGCUCAAGUCCAACUCCGCACCUCGGAAUUACGACACAAUAGCUAGGUAUCAUCAAGCCAAUGUUGGCGGCUCGGCACAUGGUGGUGUUAAUUUCCCUGGAUGGCACAGAAUAUUUCUUCUCAUAUACGAAGAAGCCCUGAUUAACGCUAGUGGCGGACGUCUGCAAGCUCUACCUUACCUAGACUGGAGAUUGGAUGCACGAAUUUCUACCCCUACAAGCUCUAUCCUGUGGACACCCCAGUUUCUGGGAACUAGCAGUGGCCGUGUGGAUAGUGGUCCCUUUGCUAAUUGGGUCGUUGAUGGAUCAUCACUCGUGAGAAAUGUUGGAUUGGGAUCUGGGAUCACAUCCGACCGUGAUAUCAGAGACCUGUUUAGAACAAGAAAUGUCCGUGCAUUCGGAGAGGAAUUAGAAUUCGUUCAUAACACAGGCCACGUAUACGUGGGGGGUCUGAUGUUGGAAGUGGAGAGGGCUACAUUUGACCCAAUAUUUUAUAUGCAUCACUGUUUCAUUGACUACCUCUGGUGGAGAUUUCAGUGUCCUGGUGGUAACUGUAUAAGCAGAAGGUUUGUGUAUCCUGGUACAAAUUCCGAUGGACUGCAUGCCCCAAACAGAUUCAUGGAUAACUUAGAAUUCCAAAAUCGUCGAUUGCGAAAUCGAGAAGGGUACGAUCAGCGAUGGUUGAAUUUUUUUACAUAUGAAAACUCUCCAGCAGAGUGUACCACGAGCUGUUCCUCUUUAUCAAGGCCUGGUGCACUUGACUGUACAGCGAAUACCUGUAGAUCUGUCAGCACCGGUGGAAAUGGAGGUGGAAAUACUGGAGGCGGGGGUGGAAAUACCGGGGGCGGAAAUGGAGGUGGAGGUUUCGACUAUUAUGACUAUUUUGAUGAUAUUUCAUUUUCACCAUCAAUCUCUAAUUCACAACAAAGUACACGAAAAAAACGACAAGCUGUAAUUUCUCCAUCAAGGUCAUUCUCCACACAUUCUACUCGUAACUUAGGGUACUUCCUAGCUCACCCGGUACAAAACCUAUAUAGAGUGAAUUGUGCAAGCAAUUCAAAUGAAUGGGGAUAUAUUCCAGUUAAAGUGGUUCAUGUUCGAUCGAAAAAAGAAGUCUACAACUCAUAUCCGGUACGAAAUGGGACGGUUCUUGUUUCAAAGUACAAUGACAUAUACGACCAACUACCAGGAAUAAAGAAAAUAGACAAGGUGACGAAACCUGGUAAUCCCAAACGUUACAGAAACUGCACGACGGACGGAUCCGGGGCCUUCAGGGUCACCAUCAACUCGUACGGCAUCAACUAUUAUGGCUUCUAUGAGGAAUAUGCUAUCAUGGACAACAGAGCUCCUUUGUACUCCGCCAUGACUUACAUCGCCGUCAGACGCCCAACCAAUAACAAACCCUCCAAAGUCUACAUGACAGCCUUCGACAACUGUGGCAGAUCUUGUUCUCCAGAAUGUUUGGUGCCUAACUCUAAACCGCCUAGAUAUAGACCCUGUACGGGCGCCAUGAAUGUCGACAACAGACUACCGCGGGGAUAUGCCGAUACUUAUGAUGAUGCGGUACUAAUGUACUACAACUUCAAGGAAGCCGGAAGUUGUCCUGUUAUCAACGAGCAAAAUGUUCCAAUUGUAUUUUACUGUAAAAAGGCGGAUAACUGGCUACCCAGGGUCAAUAAAUACGUGUAGUCUUGAAAAUAAUGUAUUAA